AUGAAUGCGGAUAAUUCCAACCAGGAAGUUCCCGAUUACGCAGCUCUCCCAUUGGAGGAGCGCUUGGUUCACAAAAACUGGAAGGCCAGAAAAGAAGCCUACGAUGAGAUCAAGAGAUCAUUUGAACUAUCCAGUGAUGAAAAUGAAGCCUGUUUCAAGCCAUUUUUACACAAUCCCGAAUCCUUCAAGAAGUUCGUACUAGAUAUCAACGCUCCUGCCCAAGAGGCUGCAAUGGCAGCUCUUGUCUCGCUGCUCAAGUUUGGCCUUUCAGGAGCUGCCAUCUCGCUGAGAGAAUCCGUGAUUCCUGCUUUGUGUGAAAAAGGAUUGACUGCAGCUAAAUCCACGACGAAACUCGCCGCUACUGAAGCUAUACUGUUGUUUAUCGAAAUGGAUAAGGCGGAGCCUGUCAUCGAGUUAUUGAUUCCUUAUACGACUCACAAAAUUGCAAAGACUAGUUCAGCAGCGAUAAAGGCUUUGAACGAGUGCUAUGAGGCGUUUGGAUCGCAAAUCAUGCCUCCACAGCUAGUCCUGAACUCCAUGGAAAGUAUGUUUCAAUCCACCGAUAAAAACGUGAGAAUUGAGGCUAUCAAGCUGGCAGUUACCCUCCAUUCAUACGUUGGUAUUGUCUUCGAGCAGCUGGUCUUUCCUUCGCUGAAGUCCACUGUUCAAAAGGAUCUUGCUGCGGCCUUUGAGAAGAAUAAGGAUGUUGUAAUUACUCCUACACGCUCUCUAAAAAGCCUUCGGGUGAAAGCACGUUCUGUUGAAGAUACUGAGAUGGGUGAUGUUUCUAUGGCAGAUGAGCCUGUUGCUGUCCCUGUUGAAAUAGAUGUUUAUGACAUGGCUGCGCCGGUGAAUGUUCUGAGCAAAGUCCCAGCCAAUUUCGAAUCAAAAAUGGCAUCUGCCUCAUGGAAGGAGAGAAAAGAGGCUAUUGAUGAUCUGGCUACUGAGUUUUUGGAUAAAAGUGUUAUCAAGAUGGCUGAUGGUGACUAUUCUGAGAUUAUACGUGUUCUAUCCAGAAGCUUGAAGGAUGCCAAUGUUCAAAUUACACAGAUUGCGGCCAACAUAAUAGAGGCGAUUGCAAAAGGUAUCAGGAAACAUUUUGCAAAGUAUGUUCCAAUGGUAUUGCAUCCGCUUUUGGACAGGUUGAAGGAAAAGAAACGUCAACUGGUUGAGGAUCUCAAGGGUGCUUUGGAUGCAUGUUUUGCGUGCUCUGCCUUAGCCACUAUACUAGAGGAGACGUUGACAGCGACAAAGAGUAAAGUUCCUCCCGUUCGUGAAGAAUCUACGGCUUUUUUGCAGAGAUGUCUAACCACUCUUGAUCACGAUCCUACCAGAGAGCAGGUCAAUGCCAUCAUGGUAGAUAUGAUCAAGCUUCUUCGUGAUUCACAAGCCACUGUUCGUGAUCAGGCCUGUAAUGUAAUUGGAACUUUGAUGAAGAUUGUGGGUCAGAGGCCAUUGAAUCAAUAUCUAGAGGGCAUAGACCCGAAGUUGAAGCAAAAGAUCACUGAUUUCUGUGAGAGUGCCACUGUCAGAGCUUCUUCUGCAAGCCAAUCAGCAUCAGCCGCUUCGUCGAAUGUUUUGCGGGAUGUAUCCGACUCAGGUGCGCUAGCUCGUUCAAAACCCGCACCUCUUACGGCGCCGAGAAAGCCACUCACCAGUAGGAUGUCUUUGGCGGGAACCAAGAGGGGACCAACGUCUCCUCUAAAGAGAACUGAAAGCGUUGUCUCCAACAAACAGGAACUCACCAGAAAGUCGUUUAGGCCUGUCCCUGCUCCUUCCUUUGGGAAUCCACAGCCCAAGGCAGCUGUUACUAGUGCGGAGCUAGUGGAACUCGAGGAAUUGCGCAGAGAGAAGUUGAACUGGACAGCAGAGUCUGAAGACUUGCGCGUGAAAGUCUCGCAACUUCAGUCCGAACAGACCAAUCUUUUUAGAGAAGCCGAACAGCUCAAACUGAGUAAUGAUGAUUUGCGCAAGCGGAUAGCAGAAAUGACUGUUGCUCAGAAGGCCGGAGAAACCACGCAAUCAAGACUCCGCGAGGAUAACGAGAGUGCCAGAAAAAGAAUUCGGUAUUUGGAAAAGGAGCUAGACAAUCUCAAGAAAAGCAAUGCUACGUUUCCCCUGGGCUCUCCAAUCAGACAGGAUGCUGGUAUAAGGGCAACCUUGCACGGAUCUCCCAAACAUGGCAGUCAGUCCCCUAUCCAACCGCGAUUGGUCAAUCCGUAUAUUGUGGAUAACGCUGUUCCAUCGCUAGGACCAGAUCUGAACGCCCAGGUCAAACGUCUUUCUUUAUCAGCUGAAUCAUUUGAGCAAAAGGAGAAUAACUACGGUAAGAUCGCGCAACACACCGAAGACGAGAAUUGGAAGAGGGCUGAGGAGGUUACCAAUCAGUUGAAAGACAGAAUAGCCAAGAUGAAGGCGAGGUCCAAGGCGAAUAUCUCGGCCAUGUAA